UCCACCCCCCUCGGCCGCACCCCCCACGGGUGCGGGUUCCCUGGGGUUUGUCGCGUUCGGCCGGUGCCGGGAUGUGGAUUGAAAACCCGGAGCACCAGGUGCGCUUCCUGGCGGAGGCAAACCGCAUGCGGCGCACGGGCGCGCUGUGCGACGUGGUGAUAGCGGUGGGCUCCCGCCGCUUCUACGCACACAAGCUCGUGCUCGCCUGCGUCAGCAAGACACUGGAGGCGCUGUUCAAGCAGCCGAGCCUGCGCUACACGCUUGACUUCCUCACCCCGCUCACCUUUGAGCAGAUCAUGGAGUACGCGUACUCGGGCUCGGUGGAGGUGCAGGCGGACCAGGUCCCGCGCCUGCUGCACGCCUCGCAGCUCCUGCAGAUCGACUGCCUGGUGGAGCUGUGCCUCGGCCUGCACCACGCCGCCGUGCAGGGCCUCUCCCCCGAGGCCCGCCUCGUCAUCGAGAGGGGCCCCUCCACGGUGGGCCCCGCCGACGAGGAGGACGAGGAGGACGACCAAGGCUGCAACAACCCCAACAACAACGGCACCACCACCAUCGUGGCCACGGCGGCGGCGUCGGCCGCGGCCAACAACGGCGGGGUGGACGUCGACAUGGAGGAGGACGACGGAAGCUCCCGGCUGCACAGCAACGACAUCGUCGCCGCCGCCGAUGACGACGAGGACGACGAGGUGGACGCGCAGCGGCGGCAGCAGCUGGUGGUGGUGGCGCACGAGGAGGAGGCGGUGACCACCACCACGACGUUACACCACCACCAGCACCACCAGCACCACCACCACCACCACCAGCAGCAGCACCACCAGCAGCUACAGCACCACCACCACCAGCACCAGCAGCAGCAGCAGUUCGUGGCCGAGUUCGACGACGAGGAGGAGGAGGACGACGUCGCCGGCGCCGCGGUCGCCGCCGGCGUGGCGGGCGCGUCGGCGGCGGCGGCCCGUCUCUGCGAGGAGGAGGAGGAGGAGGACGACGAGGAGACGGUGCGCGAGGAGGUGAUAGUCCGCUACGACGACACGCAGCGCGUCAUCCUCGCCGAGCAGUGCGUGCGCCGGCUGCUGUCGGCAACGGACGACGUCGAAGACGAGGAAGACGACGCCGCCGGUGCCGGGCGGACGGAGAGCAACGACGUCGCCGGUGACGACCGCGGCGACGUUGGCGUCGGCGUCGAUGACGACGGCGGCACCGGUGGAGGAGACGAAGACCCGUCCGCCGCGGUGGCGGUGGUCGCGGCCAGGAAGAAGUACAGCGAGUCGGAGGUGAUGCUCGCCGAGCAGUGCCUCAAGCUGCACCAGGCGGCGGCGGCGGCCGAGACGGCGCUGCUGGUGGGGGCGGGCGAGGGGGACGGGCAAGGCGCCGGCGAGCCGGAGGUGCGGGUCAUGUACAUCGGCACCGACGUCGCCGCCGCCACGAAUGCGGCGGCUGCGGCGGCGGGCACCAGCGGGUACCAGCUCGCCGGGCGCGCCUACGCCGCGACCGGCAGGAGCCCCGUGGACGAACCGGAGAAACAGCCGGUGCUGGCGGCGACGACCAGGCCGGCGCCGCCCCCUCCUCCGCCGCCGGUGCCGGCACCGCUGCCGCACCAGCAGCAGCAGCAGCUGUCUCAGCAGCAGCAGCAACAGCAGCAGCAUCAGUUGCUGCAGUACACGAUCGAGAAGGUUGUGCCGAACGGCGGCGCGAGCGUGCAGCCCGAGGCGGUGGCCGUGACGGUGCUGACGACGCACGAGCACACGCACCUCGUCGAUGCCGGCGGCGCGAAGGAGUGGCCGGAGAAGCGGCCGCGGCUGGACGAGCGCUACGCGGCGCCGUCGGGAGAGUACGACAAGAACGCCGGUUCUGCCGGCAGCGGCGGUUGGCACUUUGGAGGAGCGAAGGCCGCCGGCGCGGCCGGGGCGACCGCGACCUCCGCCGGACCUCACCUGGUGGCGCCGUCGGAGGUGAAGUUCGAGGCGGCGUGCGGGCAGUACUACCAGUCGGUGCUGGAGAAGGCCGCGAUGGUGCAGCAGCAGCAGCAGCAGCAGCAGCCGGCGCUGGGGGCGACGUACUCGGCGAGCAAGAGCAUCGGAGCGGACGGGCGCUACACGUUCAUUAACCACGGGGGCCUCCUCAAGACGGCGUCGCCCGCAGAGGCGGCUGAGCUGGAAGCGCGGGCGCUGCUAGCGGCCCGCGUGGACCCCCACCGGGACCCCCCCACGGCCCCUCCCCCUCCCCCCGGGGCUCCCAGCGCCGCCUCGGUGCUGAGCGCCACCUCAUGCUUCUCGUCGGCGUCGUCUUCGUCGUCGUCGUCGAAGCCGUCCGGGGCGCCGCCCCACGUCACCGCCUCCACCAUCAAGAGCACGGGCAGCUCAACGCCGCUGCCCGACUUCUCCACGCUGGUGUCGCGCCGCAUCGCGUCCAAGAUCGUCAGCGCCAGCACCCACCACCAGCAUCACCAGCACCAGCAGCAGCAGCAGCAACAGCAACAACAGCAGCAGCAACAUCACCAGCAUCAGCAGCACCAGCAGCAUCAGCAGCAGCUCGAGCAAGCGCAGCAGCAACAGCAGCAGCACCUCCAUCACGGUGGCGGCGCCAACCUGCUUGCGUCGAGGGCUCACGAGUACCUGCUGGUGCACACGGAGGCACAGACGCAGCAGCAGUACGGCGCCAUCAAGCAGGAGAGUAACGGCGCCAAGCCCUGCCAGAUGUUGGACUCUCGGCCGGACGUCACGCUGGUUUCGUCGGGGCAGUCGGCCGCUGCCGGCGCCGCCGCCGCCGCUGCUGCUGCCUCGGCUGCCGCUGCGGCGGCGGCGGCCGGUUCGGCCGGGGACUACUUUCCGGCAGGGCGGGACGCGGCGGUUGUGAGGGCGGCGGAGUACGGGGGGCUACUUUUGCCGAAGGUGGAGGGGUGCUCUGGUGCGACGGUGGUGGCGCCGCCGUGCUCGCAGCGGAUGAAUACGACGGAUGCAGGCCUAGACUUGGGCGUGGAGGCCUCGGAUGCGUCCCUGGACGGCGCGUCGCUGGACGUGGCCAACCACGAGACGUUCUGCGGCUCGCACGGCGGCUCCCCGGCCAGCUCGGGCGGCGGGCUUGACGGCCUGGACACCACGGGGGCGGGGGUCCCCACCGGGGGGGUCUCCUUCCGCUCCACAACCAGCCACGGCCACCACCACCGCGGCAGCGGCGGUGGUGGCGUGAGCCUGGCGUCGCUCGGCGGCGCCGUGGUGAAGCGGGAACGCACCGACGACGACGACGACGCCGCCGCGGGGGGGGCGUCCGCUCCGGCGGGGGCGGCGGCGCCGGCGGGAGGGGGAGGGGCGGCCGGAGACAACUCUGAGGAGGAGGACGACGGAGUGAACUCGAGCGACGGGUCGCGCGGCGCGGGCACCGAGUGCACGGAGAGAGCCCUCGCCGUGGUGCAGGCGGAGGCGCGCUUGGCGUGCGAGCUGUGCGGGGUGCGCUUCCGCGACGAGGCGGCGCUGCGCACGCACAGCAAGAGCCACCUGCGCGAGCGUCCGCACGCCUGCGAGGUGUGCGGCAAGACGUUCACGCUGCGGCACCAGCUCAAGACUCACCACCGCGUGCACACGGGUAACGCGCGCUCUCAGUGUGUCACUCACCGACUGCUACACUCAGUGUUUGUGUGUGUCACC